UUGGUGACAACCUUAGAAUGUCUGGUUAAUUUCUUGCUUCAUUAAAGUUUUUCAUUGUGUGUAUAUAAGUGUCCUUUAUUAGUGAGGGCUGGCUAAUCGAUUGGGGCCGCAAAAGAUGGCAGCAAAGACGGAGGGAGUGAUCACUGCAGUUUAUAAAGUGAAUCUCCAUUGCAGGCAAUGCGCAUCCGAUAUUAAAAAGCCUCUCAUGAGGACUCAAGGGGUUCAUGGUGUAGAAUUUGAUGUUGGGAAAGGUGAAAUUAAGGUUACUGGAGUGAUUGAUGUAAUAAAAAUCCACAGGAUGAUUGAAAAAGUUAGCAAUAAAAAGGUUGAGAUUUUGUCGCCUCAGAUUAAGAUCCCUGACAAGGACAAAGCUACAACUACACCCAGCAAACCCAAGGAAACCAAAAAGCCAAUUUUACGCACUACAUCGAUAAAAGUUCAUCUACAUUGUGACAAGUGUGAGCAGGAUCUACGCAACAAGUUAUUGAAGCAUAAAGAUAUUUAUAGUGUUAAGAGUGAUGUGAAAGCACAAACCCUAACAGUGGAAGGAAUAAUGGAACCAGAAAAAUUGUUAUCAUACAUUAAAAAGAAAGUGCAUAAACAUGCAGAGAUGAUAAGCUCAAAAACAAUGGAGGCUAAGGAAGAAAAGAAGGAGAUUGUAAAAGUUGAAGCCAAAAAGGAAGAAGUGAAAGUAGUGGGUGAAUCCAGUGAAAACAAGAUUGUGAAGAGUACAGAUGCCAGUGCUCCAUAUUUUGUUCAUUACGUCUAUGCUCCCCAAUUGUUUAGUGAUGAAAAUCCCAACGCUUGUACUAUCAUAUGAACCCUUUCGUAAUAUGUAGAAAAAGAAUAAUGCAAAUACUAGUACUUUCAUCAUUAACGUAUGAAUAUAUUAAUUUAUUUAAUUCAUGUAACAAUAA